CUGAGCUAACUGAGCACUGGAGCCAAUUCAGGGGUCUCUUCGCGAUGUUCGAACUGGAAUCGGCUUCGGUGCUUGUUUCUGUGGUCGUCUUGAUCUGCUACGCCAUCGGUCGCUGGCUGAUCCGCCAGCGUAAAAAAUGUUUCGAGGCCUUCGAAGGCACCGGCGUACCGUCGCCUCCCCUUCGGAGCCUGAUCAACGGAAACACGGAUGAGUUUUUGAAACCGAGUCAGAUAGAAAGCCUUGGACGCUGGCUGAAGGAAUAUGGUGAUGUUUUCGGUUUCCACUUGGGCGACAUCCCCUUCGUAGUCGUGAAGGACCCGGAGAUGAUAAGCGAAAUAUUCGCCAAAGAAUUCAACAACUUCAAUGACCGAGGGCACCUAUUGCGAAUCCAUGAGUUCGAACCGAUUCUGGAACGGAAUAUUGUGCUCAUCGGGGGCCGCCAGUGGAAGGCGACGAGAACCUGCAUGCAGCAGUUCUUCACGCCAGCGAAACUGAAAGUGGUGAUGCCCGCUCUGCUAGAUGCCCAGCGCGAGUUCUUAAACAUUCUGGGCGAGGGUGCCGACAGCGGCGUUGAAAUGGACAUCGGGAGCCGCUGCGAGCGGUUCACCUUUGACGUCAUCAGCAAGAGCGGGUUCAAUCUGGACACCCAGGUUCAGCGCAGUCCGGAUAAUCCGCUCUUCCAGAAGGCGCUGCGGUGCUUCCCCGGUAUCAUGAGCGGCUUCAUGUACAGCUUAGCCCUGAACCUCUACCACUGGCCGCGGGUCUUCAAGAUGCUUCACAAGCUCUUCGGCUACUUCUUUACGAAUCCACUAGUUGAAAUGACCAAGUACGCGGCCGAGAUCAUCAAAUUCCGUCAUCAAAAUCCUCAGGUGGACGUGCCCGACAUGGCGCAACUUCUUCUGGACGAUGCGCUUGGCAAGAGCAACUCGGAAACGAAAAAGAACGAAGUCCCUCAGACAAAUGCCGUACCGUUGUCCCAGGAGAAAUUGUACGAGCUCAGCACCAACUGUAUGGACGUUUUCCUCGGAGGAUCCACCACACGUUGCGCGGCUGAAGAUUACCGGUACGGCAAAUAUUUAAUCAAGAAAGGAACUUCUGUCAUGGUGCCCACGUAUCAGCUGCAUCACGACCCACUGUACUGGACGGACCCAGAAAAGUUUGACCCUGACAGGUUCAGCCCCGAGAACAAGCAUCUCAUCAAACCGGGCGUGUAUCAGCCGUUUGGCCUCGGCAUCCGCGCGUGCAUCGGCCAGCGUCUGGCCCUUCUCGAAAUGGCAUCGGUCACGUCGCAGGUGUUGGGCCGAUUUAGGAUAACACACGGCCCCAGUCAAAAGCUUCCGAGGAAAACACCCCCUCUACCUCGGGCUCCCCCACUGACCUCACGUCAGAACAAAAGGAGGAACCCUUCAUCCUGA